AACCCGUAAUAUAUGCAUGUUUAUUGUCAAUUUAGUUGAUUGGUGGCGUGCGUAUGGUGGCCGAUCUAUUGACUUACAAAGAUUUGCUAAGCGUAUUGUUAGUCUUUGUGCUUCAUCAUCUGGUUGUGAGCGUAAUUGGAGCACUUUUGAAUUUAUUCAUACAAAGAAGAGAAAUCGGCUAGAGCAUAAAAGAUUGAAUGAUUUGGUUUAUGUUGCCUACAAUUGGAAAAUGACUAGUAGGUUCCAAAAACACCGUGAGGAAGCGGGUAAAAGCUAUGAUCCUUUGGUUAUGGAAGACUUUGAUUGGGAAAAUGAAUGGGUUGAUCCAACGGUCCAACCUCAAAGUUCUAGUGCUUUGGACAUCACAUGGGACCAAGUUGAUGAAGCAAUUGGUGCAUCACAUGAGCUUCGAGGUCGUAACCUUCCUAGGACCUACGCUCGUCGUGCAAGACAUAUAUCAAGAGUGGUUGAAGAAGCAAGAAUGGUUGAAGAUGAUGAGGAGGAGGGAGAGGAAGAAGACAUCAUUGUGGAUGAUGUUGAUGUUGAUGAUUUUGGUGACAAACCAAUGGAUGCUACUGAAGAUGAUGCGGAGAACAUGGAUGCUUCAAACGAUUUCGAUGAGUUUGCAUUGGAUGACUUUUGAGAGAUGAGAGAUUUGAAACUUUGAAUGAUGAUUGAUGAGAGAGUGCUAUGUCUUUUGUGCUACAUUUACAUUGCUAUUUAUCUUUUGUGCUAUGUCUUUUGUGCUA